AUGGCUCCCUCUGCGCUGGCGGAUAUCUACCCUAUCCCAGCAAGGCAUUAUUCCAAAGCCACUACUAUCCAAGCUUCCGUCUUACAUGGGGCAAAAGAUCUGAGACUGGAAACUCGAACCAUCACAGAUCCCGCACCCAAUGAGCUCCAGAUUGCUAUCAAGGCCACCGGCAUCUGUGGGAGUGACUGCUCUUACUACAGCAAAUUCCGCAAUGGCGACCUCCAGGCUUGCCAUCCACUCUCCUUGGGGCACGAGUCCGCUGGAGUCGUGGUAGCCAUUGGGGACGCUGUCACUGGCUUCCAGAUUGGCGACCGGGUUGCCCUCGAAGUGGGUGUGCCGUGUGACAAUUGUCGGUCAUGUCAACGAGGCCGAUAUAACCUCUGCCCAAGGAUGAGGUUUCGGAGUAGCGCGAAGUCUGUGCCUCACUUCCAGGGCACGCUCCAGGAACGCAUCAACCACCCCGCAAAAUGGUGCUACAAGGUUCCGCCGCAUGUCUCGCUUGAGUCCGCCGCACUGCUUGAGCCGCUUUCUGUCGCAAUUCAUGCCUGCCGAAGAGCCUCCAUUGAGCAGGGUGACACUGUUAUUGUCUUUGGCGCCGGUACCGUGGGGCUGCUAGUUGCUGCCAUGGCCAAGCUCUCUGGGGCAACUACAGUAUUGAUUGCAGAUCUCGACAGUGGCAGGGUCAAUUAUGCCUUGUCAAAUGGCUUUGCCAACAAGGGGUACAUUGUGAAUCCCACGAAACACCUCAACGACAUCUCCGAGAAAUUCGCUGCUGCCAAGGAGAUUGCAGACGACGUUAUGGAGAUCGCAGGAUUGCAUGAUCCAGAUUUCGAAGGCGCUGAUAUUACCUUCGACUGUACCGGAAAAGAGAUUUGCAUGCAAGCAGGCCUUUAUGCAACACGUCCGGGCGGUCAACUCAUCAUGGUCGGAAUGGGCACUCCCAUACAGACACUGCCAAUGUCAGCCUCCCACCUCAAGGAGGUUGACAUCAUUGGUAUCUUCCGCUACGCCAACACGUAUCCCGUUGGCAUGAAGAUUCUGUCUUCUGGCGUAUUACCCAGUCUCGACAACAUGGUUACGCAUCGCUUCAAGGGUCUUGCUUCCGCCAAGGAAGCAUUCGACCUUGCGACGAAAACUGCCGACAAAGAAGGAAAACUCGUCUUAAAGGUCCUCAUUGAGACCUGA